UCUACCUGGUUGAGUUGAACUCAACCAUAAGGUUGACACCAAAAUGGAUUCUAGAUCAACUCGGUUGGUCGAAGUCGGACUAACCAAGGGUGCGUUUUAUCGUCAACCUAAAGUUGAGCUGCUCAACUUUUUGGUUGACCAUAAAAUGGAUUUUACGUUGGUUGAGUAGAACUUUUUGGUUGAACUACGCAGUUAACCAAAAAAUAAAUAUUGAUGUCAACCUAUGGAAAGCUCCUCCUCCUUUCCCAUCCCUUUCUGAAAUGCUUAAUAUGUAAAUUUGAAAGAAGUAAUAUAAAAUAGUUGUUUUAAGAAUUAACGGUUUUUGUAAAUAUUUGAAAAAUUUCGAAAUCAGUAUUAUAUAGUUUAUUGAUAUUUGCUAAAAUUAUUAAAUAUAUUUUGAUUAGUGUAUAGUAGCAGACGUAAAACGUUAAUUGUAACAACAACAAAGCAGACAACACACUUCAGUUGUUUACUUAUCUGUAAUCGGAAAUUUCUGGAAUGGAGCAUAUCGGUGCUGAAGUAUGGUUAGUGAUGGCAGUUACCCAAGUUGCUGAAGAUAUUUUGUUUCAGGACUCGAGUAGCGAAAGCAGUUGUAUCGAAAAUUCUGAGAGUGAAGAAGACGACCUCUCAGCUGUAGUGCUUAGCUUGCUUAAAGAAGACCAUCCCAAACAAACAGGUUACUUAGCGGUUGUAACACUGUAUUCAGACCGUAACUUUUGGAGACACUUUAGAGUCUCUCGCUCUACAUUUAACAGGAUGCUACAUUACUGAAACGUAGAAGAGUUUAGAAAGGAAGUUUGCUACCAUGGUGGGCCUGAACCACUUACCAUUAAUGAAAUGUUGCUCAUGACUCUGCAAUUCCUUGGCAAUCAAGGUGCUUUGCGUGUCUUUGCUGACAAGUUUGGAAGAACCGAGUCAACUGUCCACAAUGCAGUUGGCAUGGUUUGCCAGUUCUUCUUCGAUCAUCAGUCUAACUUCAUUCAAGUGCCUCGCAGUAGAAGUGACAUCAUAUAUGCUGAAGCUGCAUUUCAGAAAAGAAGUGGAUUCCCAGGAGUGGUUGGCGCGCUUGACGGAAGUCAUAUGACGUUCCAUCCCAAAAAAGAAAACAUGAAAUCAUAUCAAAAUCGCUUACAGUAUUGCAGUUUUGUUCUGAUGGCGAUUGUACAAGCUGAUCGUCAGUUUAGCUACACUUUCGUUGGAUCGCCAGGGAAGAAUCACGACUCUUUCAUUUGGAAGCAAUCGAGCCUUCAGCAACAACUGCAGCUUAAUUGUGAUUUACAUUUCGAUUCCAGGAAAUAUCAUUUAAUUGGCGACUCCGCUUUUCCUUUGACGAAAUGGUGCAUUGUUCCUUACAAAAGAACUGACGGAGGAGGACAGUUAUCAAGAUCGAAAAAGCUGUUUAAUUACAAGUUAUCCAGCACUAGAAUAGUCGUGGAACAGGCUUUUGGGGACUUGAAAAAUCGUUUUAGAAGAACCCAAGAUUUGCAUCAAUCCAUCGAUCGUGCAGUAAACAUAGUGGUAACCUCCUGCGUUCUACAUAAUAUUUGUAUUCGGAAUGGUGAUAUUGAAAUUGAUGGGAAUCGAGCUCCCGCCAAUUGUAAUGUUAAUCGGGAAAUAUUCAAUGAUCCACUUCGAGGUUCUUGUAAUGCAGGAGUUUUAAAACGUGACAUGUUAUGUGAUCAAAUCCAACCACAAUUUCAUAACCGCGUACGUGCAUUUCAUUGAAUUAUUUGUGGCAAUAUACCAACAAGCGUAACGUUUUCGGGA